AUGCUGCUGUUCUAUCGACUACUACCGGUCCUGUUCUGGAUCCAAGCAAUAUGUGCGAUUCCUCCGAGCCCAGAAGCCAGCCCUGACUACGUGCUCGUUGCGACAGCGAAGAACUUGACCGUCAAUUGCCAGACGAGGUACUCGGUGGUACUCAAUGGCACAAGUCCCGGUCCAACCAUUCACAUGAAGGAGAAUUUCACGACAUGGGUGAGGGUGUAUAACAGGAUCCCCGAUGAGAAUCUUACUGUGCAUUGGCAUGGACUGAGCCUACGAACGUCUCCCUUUUCAGAUGGAACGCCCCAGGUCUCGCAGUGGCCGAUUGCUCCGAACGCCUUCUUCGAUUAUAGUGUAACGCCUGCAGUGGGCGAUGCAGGGACCUAUUUCUACCAUUCACACGCGGGGUUCCAGUCGUUAACAGCGCAAGGGUUGAUCAUCGUCGAGGACCAAGACGACGUCCCGUACGACUAUGACGACGACGAAUCCUUCUUCAUCCAGGACUAUUUCCCCAAGAAUGACAGCACCAUCGUUAGUGGCCUGAUUGCCAACCCGUUCAAGUGGUCCGGCGAGCCAGAAGCUAUAUCGAUCAAUGGCUUCAGUGGUAACUCGUCCUUCAGUAACGCGACGGAUGCGACAUGUACACCAUAUGUCAUCAACGUCGAGCCGGGCAAAACGUACAGGUGGCGGUUUAUCGGUGCUACAGCUCUCUCAUUUGUCACCCUUGGUAUCGAGGGUCACGACCACCUGACCGUUAUCGAAGCAGACGGUGAAUACACCAAGCCCUGGAGCACCGAUCACCUGCAACUGGGCAGUGGGCAACGGUUCAGUGUACUCUUUAAAGCAAAGACACAGGCAGAGCUGGACGCGGCAAACAAGACCAGCUUCUGGCUUCGAUACGAGAACCGAGAUAGGCCAACGAACGUGUCGGGCUAUGCUUUGCUACAGUACAAUGUCAGCGGAUCGACUCGGCCAUCGCUUCUUCCUGCUACUCCUCCAAUUACUCUUCCAAAGAAUGUUACGACAUGGGCUGAAUAUGCACUUGAGGCACUGCGUCCACAAGAAGCAUUCCCGAAACUGUCCGAGGUGACGCGGACGGUCUAUAUCACAAUGCAACAGCAAAUUCGGGUUGGAUCAUACGUGAACAAGACUAUUAAUGGAACCCUGCAGUGGGCACAGAACAAUCUUAUCUGGCAGACGGCGCAACGAGAGUCCAAUAACAGCCUCCCGUACCUCGUACAGGUGUACUUGACUGGCCAAACGCCGAAUUACACCGCGGCCGUCGAGAAUGGAGGCUGGGAUCCGUACUCGAAUGCCUUCCCUGCGCUACCUGGAGAAGUGCUCGAUAUCGUUUGGCAAAGCAACUCUGGUCCGACUGGUGGAUGGGACUUUCAUCCUAUGCAUGCGCAUGGAAAGCAUUACUUUGAUCUUGGUUCUGGAAACGGGACGUACAAUGCCACUGCAAACGAAAUGAGGUUUGCAAAUUAUACCCCUGCACGACGCGAUACGACGAUCAUGCAUCGAUAUGCUGUCUCAGGCGUCCCAGAGACCACGGCUGGGUGGCGGGCGUGGCGGAUCAGAGUGACUGAUGAUGAUGUUGGUGCUUGGAUGAUGCAUUGCCACGUGUUGCAGCAUAUGGUCAUGGGAAUGCAAACUGUCUGGGUGUUUGGGAAUGCAAGCUCGAUCCUGGCCAAGUUCCCUACUCAACCGUAUGUGAACGGUUAUUUGAAAUUUGGAGGGGACGCGUAUGGAAACAGUACAUAUGAUCCUCUCGAGAAUAUUUACUCCAAGAUCUGA